AUGCUGAUCACACAUCCAAUACUGGGACUUGAGGAACUCUGGCACUGGGAGGAGAGCACCGUUCCUCAUGUACUGGUUGGUGAUUCUUUGCAAAAUUACUGCCGACGUCAUGAUUAUCCGGAGACGCUUAUUUGCCAUGAUAUGAAAGGAGGAUAUCUCGCUGAAGACAGAUUGGAUGGUUGUGCAGUGACGGAUUCUGUAGCUCCAUAUAUACUUUUUCACUGGUGGUAUGUCGAUAUUUUUGUAUAUUUUUCGCACAGCUUCAUCACCAUUCCACCAGUGGGCUGGAUAAAUCAGGCCCACAUGCACGGUGUGCGUGUGCUCGGUAAAACAUUUCUGAUUGUUGCGUCAAUUUUGCCAAAUUUUUGUUAA